GAACCUAUGGAAAAAUGAUAAAAUGUCAAAAAAAUUCGAAAAAGUAUGGCGUUAUGUACAACUUUAAAUUGACAAAAAUACUAACUUUCAACAUUAAACGGACGAAAUAUUGGCGUACGACAAAUUUAAAUGCAAAAUAAACCGGAUUUAUGUACCACAAACAGUAGAAGACAGCAAUUUUAACCGCAAUUUGUUCCAAAUAUUUACAAUCUAUCCCGAGUGUGGACGGAUCGCAACGCAAAGAAACCAUUUUUAUGAAUUUUAUUUAAAUAUUAUGGUAUUAUGAAAAGGCUAACUGGAUCAAUUCUCGUCGUACUUGGUGUAAGCGUCGUCGUGUCGUCACACAUGAUUUAUACAGUCUGAAUCUCAAGCAAUGGCACACAAUUUAGGAAUGGCUUAUCGAAUGCCACAAUCCGGCUUAUGCCCACCAGAUUUCAAAUCGCCAUCAGAACAAGCACAACAUAUGCCACCAGCGCCUAGUAAUCCGAAAAAGAGACGAAAAACGUCAAACGCAAAUGCAAUAGCAGCACAACCGCCGCCCACUCCCUUAGACCUACUACCUCCUCCGCUGAGUGGCUAUGGCGACACCAUCGUCGCAUCGAAUCCGUUCGAUGAUACACCAUCGGCCCCAUCAAUGAGUCACCCAAUGAAUCACAUGGUUAUGCAUGGCAUGAACCAUAUGCACAAUCACAUGAACGGUCCGCCGAUGAGACCAAUGCAUCCAAUGAAUAUGAAUAUGGGACCGAUUGGGCCGAUGUCACAUAUGAACAGAGGCGGUCUGAGUCCCAUGGCCAAUUCAAAUAUGGGCGGAAUAAGUCCGCUCGGCAGUAUGAAUCCGAAUAUUGGACAGAACAUUUCUCCACUUGGACCGAUGGGCGGUAUGUCACCUAUGAGCAAUCAAAAUUCACACAUACCGAACAAUCCGAUGGGUAGUCCGAUGAGCAGUGGCGGACCAAUUGGCAGUCCAAUGAAUAUGCCGAUGGGAUCACCGAUGGGCUCGGCAAUGGGAAGUCCGUUGGGAGGACCACAACACUUAAACAAUGGACAAAUGGGUCCACCAAUGCAUAGUCCUAUUGGCAAUAGUCCGAGUCAUAUGCAAGGAUCGCGACUAAACGGCAACUUAAACGCAAACGGCGGUCCAAUCAAUCAUCAAAUGUCGCAGCAUGGCGGUCCGAAUCAAAAUUCAAUAUCAAUGGCAUCCGGUAAUUUAUGCCAGAAUACCGGACCCAUCACGUCAAACAGCAAUAUGAGCGGUGUCAUGAACCAGAUGAAUCACUCGAACAUGAUGAGCCAGAGUAACAUCCAACCGAACUGCAAUACAAACAGCAAUCCGAUGAAUUCGAACCUGAUGAACAUGAACAUGGGACCGAAUCAUAUGAAUCCAAUGGCCGGUAAUGGGCCGCAGUCGAAUGGACCGCCGGGAAUGUUCGGACCGAAACCGAUGCCAAUUAGUGCGGGAAAAGUAUAUCCUCCCGGUACGCCGAUGAUUUUCAAUCCACAGAAUCCCAGUGCGCCUCCUAUUUACACUUGCGGAUUGUGUCAUAAAGAAGUGAACGACAAUGACGAAGCACUGUUUUGCGAGUCGGGAUGCAAUUUCUUUUUUCACAGGUCAUGCACUGGUCUAACGGAAGUGGCUUUCCAACUCAUCACAAAAGAAGUAUUCGCCGAGUGGUGCUGCGACAAGUGUCUGUCUUCCAAGAACAUCCCACUCGUCAAGUUUAAGUGUUAAGUGAAGAAGUGUUUUUUUGUUAUACAUCAAGAUGUGAUCGUGUAGUAACUGUAUGGGGUCAUACUUCCGACGAAACGAAAAUGGUUUUCUUUUCUACAUUUUGACGAAAAGAACUAUAGUGAAAUUAAAUUUAAUAUUUUGAUAUAUAUUCACAACCAUACACAGAGAGAGUAAAAGUUAAAAGUUUGUUAAACAAUUUUCAUUUUUUAUUUGAGUGAUGUGUCCGUGUUUCAAUGCGACAUAGCACAAAAUAUAAAGUAAUGCUACAACAACUACAAAACACUGUGGAAAAAUGUUUGAAGAAUAUACUUUCUUGCUCGAAGCCAUCGAAUGUGUACCUUCAUUGUACUGCUAAGUAAUAUGCCUUGUUCAAGUUUUUUCUGGUUUUUUAUUCUUUGAUUAAACGAAAAUUAUUGUAAAAACUACAAAAAUUGGGAGAAAGAGAAAAAGAGAGAGAGAGAGAAGAGAAAAAAAAUUGGAAUAAGAAAAUGAUUAUUUUUAACACAGACUGUAACAAAGUGAGAUUAGUCAUUUAAGAAGAGAAAACGAAAGAAAAAGUAA